UGAGGUGUUUGCUCGUCGUGAUGAUAGGUGAACUGCUCGAGGUUUUGAUUGGUGUUCUGUUGGAAUCUGGGCUCGAGAGGAGGAUCAAUUUUUCCGUGGGGCGAGAGUUUCGAUUGGCUUUGCUUAGCUGGGUGCGGGUCUCGGGGGUUCGAGCUUGGCCGAGGGACUUUGAAAAUGCCGGAAGAGGACCUCGUGGAGCUGAAGUUUCGAUUGUAUGAUGGUUCAGACAUCGGCCCAUUCCAAUACUCGCCCACAUCGACGGUUACCAUGCUUAAAGAGAGGAUUGUUACCGAAUGGCCGAAAGAUAAGAAAAUUGCGCCCAAGACUGCAAAUGACAUAAAGCUGAUAAAUGCUGGCAAAAUAUUGGAAAACAACAAGACAGUUGGACAGUGUAGAGUACCUUUUGGGGAGCUUCCAAAAGCCGUGAUUACCAUGCAUGUUGUAGUGCAGCCAUCCCUCGCAAAAGCAAAGACGGAAAAGAAGGUCGACGAGGUACCGAGGAAACACAUUUGUUCGUGCACCAUUAUGUAAGGAAGUUGCUGGUGAUUCAGAUCAUGGGAUUGUGUGCUUGACGGCGAUUUCUCGCAUUUCCUUGGUGAUGAGCGGAGACGCUGGAAAGAUGUAUUUUAUGAUUCGUUGAUAAUGCCGUCCCUCGAAUGUUUGUCGGUGGGCAUUCUCGUGUACCGUGGCAUGUUGAUAAUUUAGUCGCAUUUCUACGUGGGUGCCCUUCUAUAGCUUCCGUCGCUUCUCUUUCUUCGCUCUCAGUUUUUCUCUUGUUGCUCCCUCUCCCCAGUUUGUCAUACGAGGCUUGUGGUCUAUGUCGCACCAUUCUCCUACUAGAAAGAAUGUGAUGAAAUACUUAAAUGCUAUUGAAAGCAUUUGAUUUCUUUUCGUGUAAAUUACUCUCAAGAGUGAUUUGAUGAAUAUAAUAAUAGCUACACUGGAUAUUUGCAAAA